AUGCAUGCUUACGUAGAGGUUCGAGAUCGGGUACUUCUAAGGAAGGUUCCUUUUUAUGUAGGUAGUGAUCAAUGCCAAAGCAAACUACCCAAGUACAGAGCUGACAUUGCCAUGUGGUAUUUUUCACUCUUCCAGAACACUGGAGUUGGUAAAACUCAUGCCUUUGAGAAAAGUGUGAGGAAGAGUUCCGAGUUUUACACGUCAAUUUGCGUUGCGUUUGCCUUAGCUCUGUGUGGUGUUGAUAAUGACGCUGCUGUGGGUGAAGCUCAGUGGCAAGGGUACCGUUGUCUUUUAGUGCUACUCUGUGGUGCAAAUCACAAAACUUCAGACUUGGACUUCCAACUGAGAAGGCUGAGGCAACCGCACACGUUCUGGUCGGUCCCUGUGAAGUGCUCUCGGGGAGCAGAGGAUCUUUUCCAAAGUAUAUUGCAGCAUCCAGAUGGGACAGUCUUGAAGCAGUUGCAGCCACCGCCCCGAGGUCCCCGGGAGCAGGAGUUCUACAACAAGGUUUAUGACUCUGACUGUUGUGACAGCAUUCUUCUGGAGCUGCGGGAAUAUCUGCCAAAAUACUUCGGUGUCUGGUCACCACCUACUGCACCAAAUGAUAUGUAUCUAAAACUGGAAGACGUGACCCGUAAGUUUAAUAAGCCUUGUAUAAUGGACGUAAAAAUAGGUCAGAAAAGUUAUGACCCGUAUGCUUCAGCUGAGAAGAUACAGCAACAGGUCAGCAAGUACCCACUAAUGGAAGAGAUUGGCUUUUUGGUGCUUGGCAUGAGGGUUUACCACGUCUGUACUGACAGCUAUGAGACCCAAAACCAGCACUAUGGAAGGAGCUUGACGAAGGAAACAGUAAAAGAUGGCAUCUCAAAGUUUUUUCACAACGGGUACUGCUUGAGAAAAGAUGCUGUCGCUGCCAGCAUUCGGAGGGUUGAAAAGAUCCUGGAGUGGUUUGAGGGCCAGGAGCAACUCAACUUCUACGCUAGCUCGUUGCUGUUUGUUUAUGAAGGUUCGUGUCAGGCAACUACCGUGCGGUUGAGCGAUGUCACUUUGGCAGAGAAGAGAGUAAUGCCCAAAGGACUGUUGUCAGGAGGAGACAUACUGGAGUAUAAUAAUAAUAUUCACGUAAUAAAUUCUACAGAGAAUGGAAAAAUAGAGGCCUCUGUAAGUAAAGGCUUGUCCAAAUUUUAUGCACUUCACAAAAAGGCAUGCUCGAAGAGGCACCACGGUCAGCUCUCGCUCAAAGUUGAAAACUUGGAGCAAGACAACAUGUGGAAAAGCAGCACUUGCAUUACCCACGAGCAUCUAAAUGGAAAUGUUAUACCCCAACUGGAAAAAGUUUUCUGUCACGUGCCAGCAGAGAUCAAGGAAAGUGCAAAUGUGGAAGUCCGAAUGAUAGAUUUCGCUCACGUGUUUCCUAGCAACACGAGGGAUGAGGGCUACAUUUAUGGUCUGAAGAAUUUAAUCACAGUACUUCAAAAUAUUUUGGAUAACUAAAUUCUUUGUUAGGGUUUUUACUGGGGGCCAAUGAUAAAGAAGAGCAACAACAUGAAGAAUUUCUGCACUUGUAAUGCUGUAUAACUGGGUUUGUAUUGUUCUACUAUAUUUUAUUUGUCUUUGUACUUUUGGUAGAAGGGUUUAACUUUUUAUAAUCUCACUCAGGAAAAUAAUUGAUAGUUAAUUAAGUGUGAAAGGAUGAAGAUACUUGAGAUUAAGCAGGAUAGGUAAAUUGGUAGGAUGAAAUGUAUAUGGCUGGCUUAAAUCCAAGGAGUACAGUUAUACAAUAAGUAAGGAUUGUGUUAGUUCCCCAUAACUGCUUUAGCUUAAGUAACGUGUGCCCUCUUAGCCUUGACACUGAGCCAUAUCUCCAUUAACAGGCUAUUAGAAAACGGACUGAAAAUGAGAUCAAGUGCAGGAUUGAUGUCCUCAGUACUGCCCUCUUGUGUUUACUAUGUUCGAAUAACUGGAGUAACCCUACUUUGAGACAAAUCCUGUUUAGCUUCCGUAGUCCAACUUGGGAACCAGCCUAUGGAGAAGAGCUUCUCAAUGUAACGGGGUGAUAUUGCUGUUCUUUUAAAACUGGUGGGCGCUUCCCCUCUUUGUGGUUGUCCAUAGCCAAUGCGCAUCACAGACAAGCUACAACAUAAUUUGUGUUGAGGUGCUAAGAAAAUGCUGGACAAAAUUACCGUAACAGGCUUAAACUGCACAAAUGCUAGAGAACCUAAAGUCUCAAGAAAGAGUGGGGGUCGGGGAGGGGGGAUUGCGUGCAAGAUAUUUCAGAAGCUAAUUUGGUUUAGGAGAUUACGUCGGUCUAUUAAUGGGAUGUCUGAAGUCGUGACAAAGGAAAAUGCCUCAAUCCUUUCUGACGGCCCUUCUCCAAAAACUUACCUUGGGAAAGCAAGUGAAUGAAAAAAGGGAAACAAAGUAUUUUCAGUAAGCAUAUUGAGAUUUCCUUUAGCUGUUUGCUGCUUGUAUUAUAGCAACGAGUGUUUCAGCUGUUCACUGUGGGGGAGCACCAACUGGAAGCAAUGAGCAAGACAGGUAAAGGGCCCUUUACUGCUAAGGUCCACUUCAGCCCUGGAAAAAACAGAUGUACUUUCAGUUAUUUCAGUGGAGUUGUGGCUCUUUUCCCCAGGGCUAAAAUUGGCUCAUAUUUUUUUUACUGAUGCAUAGGCAAGCUGUGUAUUUUGAAAAUUGUCCCACCUCCUUUAUUCACCGGCAAAAUUAAGGCUUUCUUAUAGGAUAUUUGAGAUUGGGAUGACAUAGCCAAACAUUUUUUGGUGUGCCUCUUGUGUAUCCUGUGUACGUGACAGUCCUAACUUGCGUGUAUAGUCAGCGAUAUGAAAGUCACGACAAAAGUUUUGGCCUGUGAGGGGCAAGACUUCAAUGCUUUUGUUUUAUGCAAGCCUCAAGUUUUAAAAAAAUUACAAAUGAAAAACUCUGGAAUGGAUUUUAGUCAUCGGAAACGUACAUCUUUUAAAUGUGGACUUAAUGUGACAUUGUGGCCUCGCUGCUGUGUAUGAUGUUCUGCACUAUGCACUCAUUUGCGUAUGUCCUUGCAAGUUCUCGACGUGUUUUCUGUAUCGGAAAGAGAAGCAAACAUGUUUUAAAUAAAGCUGACAAAGUUCAGUUCCAUUUGAGAUCCUAGGUGAAUUGGGAAAAACAGUAUUAUGUAUACAACUACAUUGUUUAAACUUCAGAGCUAAUAUUGGAUAAUACGUUCAAGAAUCAAAACAAUCUGUUUGCAAAAUAAUACUUUUGAAGCAUGGAAAUGGAUGCUCGCAGUAGGGGCACUAUCUUUUUGCUGAAAAUCUUACGCAAGUUAUGGUGAAGGGGAAAAUACCAGGAAGGUGACAACUUUUUUCCACCUGGUAUUUCUGUUGCAACCGUACAGUUACUACCCACUAUAUUCCCAGCUGUCUGUGAACUAAUUUAAGCCAUAUUGUGGGAAAAGCUUGUGUUCUUUGUUUGCUUUAACCCUGUUUUUUCUGGUUUUGUUGCUCUAUCCUGUAAGUAGUCAACACUAGAAUAGUCUAGGCUGGUAAAGACAUAAUUAUAAAUUCACAGUCCUCCGUAGAAAAUACGGAGGAAAACAUUUAUGCAUUUGAAUUUUUGUCCUCUGUAAUUCAUCUCUUCUGGAUUUGAAUCCAUUUUGUGCCGGGGAAAUUAGGUAUCUGCCUCAAAGAAGUCAGUUAUUGGAAAAUGAUCUGUAUUCUCUUAAUAUAAGCGCAUUCUCCUGUCUCUGCUUUAAGAUAUAAAUGUCUUCAGUGUUUGAAUGCUCUUUAAGUAUUGAUUGUCGUGUUGACUAUGGCAGUGUUUGUAAUGCACCUGGAAUAUUGUUAAAUUGUCAGAAUAUUUUGAAUAAAAAAUAAAAUAAUUUUA